UUAAAUGAAUUUAAAUAGUUAGAAUUGUCACGUGAUAAGCAGUCAGCAUAGAAACGGAAAUUUGUGGCGCAUGUCAGCCGCCAUAUUCGUUAUACUUUCGCUUAUACAAAAUCAGAAGGCGCGCGCGGUAAAUCGUGUUAUUGUAAUACAUUAAUUUUAGUUUUAAUUUGAGAAAUGUCAUUUAGUACUGGAUUCGGAGGAACAACUUCGACACCUGCUCCUGCAUUUAGCUUUGGUGUUACAGCUUCUACUACGGCGACACCAGUGAAACCGGCAGGAUUUGGAACUUCAUCUUUUGCAUUUAAUACACCAUCAACCUCAGCACCCAGUCUGUUUGGUUCUUCUUCGACUCCAGCAGCAGGAGGAUUUGGAAGUGGUGCUACUUUUGGAUCACCAGCAGCCACUGGUUUUGGUAAUACAUCAACAAGUGGUUUUGCUUCUGCACCUACAUUUGGUGCCACUUCUACCACUGCUUUUGGAACUACUCCAGUAUUUGGUAGUACACCUGCUUCAUCAGGCACUGCAUUUGGAACUACUUCCACUUUUGGUACCACACCAGCCUCCAGCUCUGGCUUUGGUACAUUUAGUGCCAAUACAACAUCUUCUUUAAGCUUUGGUGGUUUCAGUGCAUUUGGAACUACAACAACCACAUCAGCACCUUCCUUUUUUAAAGGAUUUGGUACUACAAAUACAGCUCCAACUUUUGGUACAUCUACAGCUUUUGGUGCUUUUGGUACAAAGCCAGCAACUACAACAUCUACUGGUUUUGGUGGUUUUGGAACAGGCACAGGAUUUACUGGUUUUGGAUCUGGUUUAUCGCAAACACAGCCCCAGUUUCAACAGCAACAACAACAACAACAAACUGCUAAUACUUUAUCCGAAGCAUUAUACAAUGCUGUAUUUAAUUGUCAAUUGUAUAAUGAUGAACGUGACAAUAUUAUUGCAAGAUGGAAUCUUAUACAAGCUUUGUGGGGCACUGGAAAAGCUUAUUAUUACAUGAAUGCACCACCUAUUGAACUUAAUCAAGAAAAUCCACUAUGUAGAUUUAAAGCCAUUGGAUAUAGUCGAAUGCCUGAAGCUGACAAUAAUGAUGGUCUUGUUGUACUUUGUUUUAACAAGAAAAAAAAAGAUGUCAAAGAGGGAGAAGUACAAUUGAUCAGUUUUAUGAAUAAUAUUUUGGGAAAUAAACCCAAUUUAACGCUUACAAUAGACAAUAUUAAAUCAACUGGAGAAGAUAAAAGUCAAGUGACCAUUUUUGUCACUGAGAAGGGAAUUACAGGAGCUCCAAGAAAGAUUCCUGCUAAUGAAUUAGUUACAUAUUUAUCACAACCAAUGCAAAAGCAACAAUUAAUGCAAAAUGGUGUAGAAGAUAUAUUACCUUUAGUCAAAUUAGAUCCAGCACAACUUAAAGAAUAUUUAGAUAAUCCACCUUGUUCUAUUGAUUUACGAUUGUGGAAACAAGCUCAAUUAGAUAAUCCUAAUCCAGAGCUUUAUAUACCUGUGCCAAUGAUUGGUUUUCAACAAGUUAAGCACAGACUAAAAUGUCAAGAAGAAGAAACAACAAGACAUAGAAAUUUUCUAGAUAUGGCAGCUGAAGAAAUACAAAGAUUACAAAGACAACAUAUGGCAAUACAAGCUAGACUAAAAGAACAUCGAAGAACAUUAUUAGAACUUCAACAUAGAGUAUUACAAGUACUUGUACGUCAAGAAAUUACACGUAAAGUUGGAUUAUCUUUACAACCUGAAGAAGAAGUUCUAACGCGUAGGUUCGAAGCCAUGCAUUCUCAAGUUAGCGCUCCAACUCAAUUCAAAGGUAGAAUUAGUGAAAUGCUUUCUCAAUUAAGAAUGAGAAAUCAUAUAGACACUCACAACCAAGAAAGGUAUGCAAUGGAUCCUAUAGCUCAAGACGAUAUAAAAACGUAUUUAACAAUGGAACAACAUGGUAUGGCACAACUUAUAGCAACAAUAAAUUCUGAUUUGGAAAGUUUGAAAAUUAUUAAAGACGGAAUGUCUGAAAUUCUAAUGAGUCAUAAUAUAUCGUGAGAGUUAUAUUUAAUAUUACAAAUUGUUUGUGUAUUUUUAUGAACAUAAUUGGAGUGAUAAUUAAUAUUAUUCCGACAACAAGUUUGCAAGAACUUAAGUGGAAGCUGCAACUGCAAAUAGAGGUUUUUUUAUCUCUGUAAAUUGACAUAUUUAUAUUGAAUUUACUUCAUAAAUGCAAUUCUUAACUUUUUUUUAUUAAAAAUUAGGCAUAUCUAUUCAAAAACUUUAUUUUGCUUGAAAAUAAAAUUAUUAUAAUUUUUUACGUAUUAAAUAGUAGCGUUUAAUAAUGAUCGUUAAUAAAAUCAGUUCGAAGAAAAGUUCUUAUAACAAGUUGUCGCGAGGUUGUAUUAUAUUCUUCCAUCAAUGUUAUUAAAAUGCGUUUGUAAUAUUUCUUAUAUCGAAAGAAAAGUGAAAUUUGUUAUAUGCUGAGAAAAAAAAUAAACAUUUUUUAUAUAAAUAAUAUUUUUUAUUGAAUAGUUUAAUGUCAUUAAACACACUCUUUUCAUUGCAGAAACGUUCAUACUUUUCUUCAUGAAUACCUUAUACAUAAUACAUCUUUAUAUACAUAUGAUACAUAGAUGUUGAAUAUAAUAUAUUGGGUAAUUUCUUUCAAACUCAUUAUGAUACAGCUACGUUUUCAACCAUAUUAAUAUUUUUUGAAAUUUCCAUAAAAUAUGGUAAUAUUUUACAUCUUUUUUUCUUUUAUUUUGUUUGUUAAAUUUGGGUUUAACGUAUGUAUAUACAGGUUUCGACAAUUGUUUUAUUUUGAAUUGAUCGAAUUACCCGUAAACUUAUAUCUCAGAUUUUUUA